AGGCAACCCCCAGUUUACAGAAAAUCACAGAAAUGCUGCUGAUAUUCACUUCUGUAAGUGUACACAUGCACAUUUCAAACCACAGCUUUACUUCUUCUUACUCCAAAAGCAGAAUCAAAAUCAUGUGGGGGGAAAACACAGAAGCUGUUUUAUUGUUUAAACAAACUGAUUGUAUGGAGAACAAUUGCGCAGACUGGUUCUUUUUCAGUUCUGCAAAAUUUCCAUAUAACUGCGCAAAAUCAUAAAAACAAACACACACCACUGUUCAGAUCUUUCUGCUGGAAACACCAUGGGAAGCCCCUGCUCUUACUGCACUGUGAUUCUGUUCUCCUGCAUAGCUGCCUCUACUCAGACUACUCCCUGGAUCACUAAACAAUGCAUACAGAUUGCUGACGGUUAUGACUGCGGGGGUCUGGCUCUACAGUCUGUGCCGGAUGAGAUCUCAGAGUCUUCCAGAACUCUAGACUUCAGCUUCAACUACCUGCCAGCACUAUACAACACCACCUUCCAGAGACUGAAGAACCUCGUUUUACUGGAUCUGACCAGGUGUAGCAUCACUUUUGUGUACGAGGACACCUUUCACCAUCAGCCAAAGCUCAAGACUCUUAUUUUGGUAGGCAAUCUGCUGGUGUUCAUAGCAGACAGCGCCUUCUCAGGACCGGAGGGGCUACAACACCUCAGUCUUGCCAGCUCCAUGAUCCGCAGUCUUAAAGACAUCCCUACUGCCAACCUCAUGCUCUUGGAGACUCUGGAUCUGUCGGGAAGUGAUAUCCAGUUCCUGGAAGGUCUGAAUAAUUUUAAUUUCCAGCUGUUGAAAAGGCUAAAUCUAGAUUUGAACUCUAUAGAAAGGAUAGGGGCUGCUGAUCUCCAAGCCCUUCAGACAACUAGCGGAAUCGAGCUCAGCUUUAAAGGCAAUGAUCUUGAGGAGGUUGAGCCUAAAGCCUUUCAGGGGCUGGACUUGGGCAGCUUGGACUUCAGUAGUUGCUUCAGUAAAAUGAACACAUCUGUUCUGCUGAAGGGACUGGAAGGAUUGAAGACCACCAAGCUGAAUCUUGGGAUCUAUGAGGACAGCCCGAAGAGCUAUGUGACGUCUGCUGGACUCCAAUCGUUCUGUAACAUAUCAGUGCUUCAGUUAGGUUUCCAACUCCAACACUUCAGUGAUCUGACGGAAAUGAGCUUUCAGUGCUUGUCAGGGCUUCAGAUGUUAGAUCUAACCAGGGCACAUCUUUCAAUCUUCCCACAGAACCUGUCCAACCUGCCUACGCUGUCUCAUCUGAAGCUGGACGAGAAUAGGUUUGAAGACAUCUGCCAAAUCCAUGCUGCAAACUUCCCUAUGUUGACUCAUUUGUCCAUUAGUGAGAACAACAGGGAUCUGUUCUUCACCGAGAACUGUCUAGAACCUCUGUCACGUCUAGAGGUGUUAGAUCUUAGCCACAGCGGUUUAAGUACUAAAAGUCCUUGCUGUAACAAACAACUGUCUGGUCUGAGUAACCUGAAGCUGCUCAAUCUGAGCUACAAUUUUGCUAUGAAUUGGGAACCUCUACCUUUCAGUUCCACUCUGCAGCUAAACCAUCUCGACCUCACCUGGGUGGUCUACAACCUGAGCAGCCCCUCUCCGUUUAGUAACCUUCUGAAUCUUCACACUCUCAAUCUGUCCUGGUCAAGCAGUGAUCUCUCAUCUCUCCCAAACCUUCUGAAGGGUUUGGAGAACCUAUGGACACUCAAUUUAAAAGGGAACGCCAUACAAAGUGGGGUUCUCACUAAUGGAGACAGUUUUAAUCAUGUCCCUCUUCUAGAAAAACUGAUUCUCUCUGGAUGUUCGAUCACAGGCCUCGGCAAAAAUGUCUUUAAAGGUCUCAGAAAACUGACGUACGUAGACCUCAGCGAAAACCACCUGACCACGCCUAGUGUCUCAGCUUUCUACUCUCUCAAGCAGAUCCAACUCAACUUUGCCAAAAAUGCAAUAGCAGAAGUUGACAUCGAAGGUUUUGAGGGAUUAGGGGAAACGAGUAGCAUUGAUCUGAGCUACAACCCACUGGCCUGCACCUGUAGCAACUAUCAGUUCAUCAACUGGGUCAAAGCUAAUGCUAACAAAAUCAAACACAUACAAGAGACGCGCUGUAAUUCCACAAAGCAGAAGAUUGUAAAUGUUGAUUUGCAUUGUACAGUUUCAAAUCACACACUGAAGCUCACACUUACAAUUGUAGUAGUAAUUGCUGUUGUAUUAUUACUGUUUUUUAUUCUGAGAAAACGUAAAUGUGCAGCUUAUUCAAGGUUGUGAAGAAUCCAAGGCACAAUCCCAUUUCUUAAAAUUGGUAUCACUACCCCCUUUUUUUUGUGAGAGAGAGAACCGAGUUACAUGGAAAGGUGGUAAAAAUCCAAGAUGGCGGCGCUGCAAAUAAGCAGUAGUAUUACAAAAGCAGUAGUACUACACAGUUCAUCAUCACUUUAAUCUACUAUUCAUGUCUUAUUAAAUCAGUUUAAUUCUUAUACUGAAUAAUGACCUGAUAAUCGCAAAUGCUAAUUAUUAAGAUGCUAAAAGUGUACAUGUGGGAUAGAUGUUGACUGGAUUCUCUGGUAACACUGGUAAAUGACCAACCAGUUGUGGUAAACUUGAAAAGCCAGUAGAGACUGCAACCUGGUUAGUUUUAAAUCCAAGAUGGCUGCACUGUAUAUCAACAGUUGUAAAGCAGUAGUAUUAUACAGUUAAUUGUUUUAAACAUAUAUUGGUUGAAUUUGCUGGUAAAGGAUUGUAUAAACAGGUGAGGUAAAUUCCUGUUUUGGGAAAUGUCUGAAAUAGUGUGCAAUUAUUUAAAUAUUUAACUCAAAUGCAUUCAAAUCUGGGUUGACUUCUUUUUACAGGAGAGAGAUGAAACCAUAACUUGCUAUGGAAGUGAAUUUAAAACGACUUACUUAGAAAUUUAAAUUAUGUAGUAAAAUAAAAAUUGAGACAAACAAAAA